AUGAAAUUUUUCAGUUGGAGAGGUGCUAUGCUUAUGGACAUAUUGCUGUUAAUGAUCAGGAACUUUGCAGUUGUUUGUGCCGACAGAUGCGACAACCCGGACUGUAGCAGUCCCCUGUUGACUACAGUUUAUGGAGUAGAUCUCAGAUAUUGUCCGGAGAUGAUGCUAGGGGAAAACUGUGACGAAAAAGUGCAAUACUUCCUAACAGAAGAUCUACAUACAUGGGACGAUGAUAUAUGUGCCACAUUGGACUAUGACUUGAAAUAUGCAAUAGACAGUCAAGACGAUGAACGAUUUACAGUUAUGAAAGAGUUGGCUGAUUUGGAUCACGCUUGGAUCGGACUUAAGAAAACUGAAGCCAACACUUGGGCAAAUAGCGUGUGGGUCGACGGAACACCAUAUAACACCUCAUGGAGCAGAUGGCCAGAUGUUGAGGAUACGUGGGCCGACUGUCUUGAAUUGGCAUCUGACGGAGACAUAUGGCACACGCAUGAUUGUGGCACUUUCAGGAAAGUCCUUUGCCAGAAAGUGUACGAAUGUGAUCAACCAUUCCCCGAGGAUAUCAAUGCUGUGGUGACUGACCUUGGUGAUACAGUUUCUUAUUAUUACAGUGUGAAAUACACGUGUAACACUGGCUUCUACAUUGACGCUGGUGGUACUUCAGUAGAUGAAGUUGUACAAUGUAGACAUAAUGUUUGGGACGUUCAUACCCCGUGUGAAAGCCUCACGUGUAGCGAUCCUCCAAUUGAUAGCUUUGCAUAUAUAUCCCUUAGCUCCGAGACAUUGAAUUUAAGUUCAACUGUAACAUACACGUGUCACACAGGGUAUUCAAUUGGGGGAGGACUAAAUGUGAACAUGUCUGAAACUAUGACGUGUCUAGAUGGAGGUGUAUGGGAUGUCGAUCAUUCGUUUUGUGGGAGAAGGUCCUGUGGUCCCCCGUUAUCUUACACUGGAUCUAACGUAACAUACUCUGGGACAUUAUACGGUGAUGAUGCUGUUUAUCACUGCAACGAAGGUUAUACAACUUACAAUAAUCCUUACACAGUUGAAUGUUUGUCUAAUACAACUUGGGGUUACGCUCCUAUAUGUAAACUGGUAGACUGUGGUCCAGCCCCAAGUUAUCCAAAUGUCCACGUCAUAUCUGUAAAUGGAACACUGUACAAAGAUAUUGUCCUAUAUGCGUGCAAACUUGGAUAUGAGCUGAGUGAACCAGCAGGUGAAACUCUGGACAACAUAACAUGUCAGGCUUCUGGUAUUUGGACUAAUCUUUCAAACACCUGCCAGCCCAAGGAUUGUGGUAACCCUUUUGAUGAUCCUAAUGCUGAAGAAAAAGUCAAUGGUACUCUUUAUAAUGACACUUUAUUAUAUGAUUGUGAUAUUGGAUAUGUGUUAUCAGACAAUGCCAAUAUAGACAGUCGAAUUGUUAGUUGCCUCGGCAACGGAAGUUGGGAGAGUCAUUCGUUAUGCACGCCUGUUGAUUGUGGGAGCCCACAAGUCGACGACAAUGCCAUAGUUACCAUAACUGGCACAUCGUAUGGGGACAUGGUGCAAUAUAAUUGUAGCCCUGGCUAUAGACUUGGAUCAUCAGAUACUGAGGCAACAACUGUCAGUAUUUCACAAUGUUUAUCCAAUGGCUCCUGGAGUUGGCAUAUUGCUUGUUUUAGAGUAUCGUGUGGCCCACAUCAAGUUGGUUACGAUGAUGCUAACAUCAACGUGACAAUAAAUGACGGAGGGGCCAAUGAGAGUACACUGAAUCUGUUUAAUGAGACCAUAUCAUAUUCUUGCAAUGUAGGAUAUGUGAUAAAUGGAACAAACGAAACAAAUGGCUUUUUACGUUGCACCGAGACAGGUGGCUGGAGUGAAUAUAAUGCCUGUGUCAGGCGCUCGUGUGGCCCUCCACCAAUUUAUCCAAAUGCAAUAAUAUCUUUAACAAAUUCAUCCUAUAGAUAUGAAACUAUGGCUUCAUAUCAAUGCAUCGCAGGCUAUUCGAUAAAUGGUACGAUUACUGGAACUAUCACAUGUCAAGCUGACGGAACGUGGGAAUAUAUGUCUUCUUGCUCGAUAAUUUUGUGUAACGAUCCACCCGUGGACACUUAUGCCAAUUUAACUCAGGGUGUAACCAUUCUACACAAGGACGCAAUGGCCGUUUAUGACAAUGUAACUCAGGGUAGGCCAUUUAUGUACAAUGAUACCGUCAUUUACUCAUGCAGACAAGGAUAUUUUCUCAAUGGUCGUAAUGUUUCAAUAUCUUGUGGCGAACGAGGUCAAUGGUUUGUAAACAAUCCUUGCGUCAUAUCCACGCCUAUGUCCAGCUGUUCAUGCGGUAAUCUUGAAGAAGAUCCAAAUGCAACUCCCAUGGAUCCAAAUCUUCAAAACUAUACGUGUGGUAGUGUUGCGAUACUACGAUGUAAAGAUGGUUAUCACAUAGACGGUCGUAAUGAGGGCAGUAUAUACGAGUAUGUCCAAUGUUUACAAAAUGGAACCUGGUCAUCGAGAUCAUAUUGUAUUAGUUCGUCCAGUAACACGUGGAUUCGAGCUAAACGAGUCGUGUUCGAACCGGAAGAGGCAUACAUCCUGAGACUCCUAACCGAAUCAGAUGUAUACCUUAUCUUUGACAGAUAUAAAUACAAUAGCAUAAAGAACAGCACCAGGUCAUCUCGAGCUCAAUCAGCCAGUAGAGUGUAUAAGUUCAGCUCUGACACACCUCUCCCUGCACAGAAUGUUGUUCUGAAUGUGACUGAGAACAAGGUCCAGUUGAUAAAGUGUGUCAUCGACCAUCUCACUCAAAAAGCUAGUGAAGAAUCAUUCUCCAACAUCCUUGUUAUCACAGGUCCUGAUCCAACACCUGUACAAAUUCACAAAGGCAAUAUUGACCAGCGUGAUGACUUAAGGAACACUCAAGAAGAAGCAGAUGUUGUUAUCGUACACCAGGUUCUGCAUGCUGCCAGUAAAGGCCAACAGAAUAUCAGUGUACUCAGUGAUGAUACCGAUGAUUUCCUUCUACUUCUUCAUCACUGUCUCAAGCACAAGUUAAUGGAAAAUAACAUCAUAAUGGAGGGAACAUCAUCUGGCCGAGCAAACAUUAACAUUAAUGCAACCGUAAAUGAACACAAAUUAAAAAUCCCAAACUUGUUACCUGUGCAUGGUCUCUCUAGCAGUGAUAUGACAUCUUGCAUGCAUGGAAUUGGCAAGCUUACAGUCCUGAAGGUGUAA